AUGGGCAACUCUUCGUCUAGCGGCCGAUCAAAGUUGGGGCAGGGCCAGGGAUCCAAGGUGGCGCCUUCUUGUUCAGCUGAGCAGAGCCAGCAGACUACUUUCAAGUGGAGCAUCGAUGGAUUCUACUCACUCCUUGACAAGGGUGAAGGAUGGGCCUACUCAAGAGUGUUUGAGAUCAUGGGUCAUAACUGGUACCUGAAACUGAAUCCAAGGGACAAGAAGAGUGGUGACGACGAGGAGUAUGUCUCUCUUCAGCUGGAACUAGCGAGUAGCUCAGUGAAACAUAACACUGUUGUAGAUGCAUCUUUCAAGCUCUUGAUAUAUGACCAGUCGCACGGAAAUCACAGCAAGCAUCUAGUUAGUCAUAAUUUCCAAACUGCAAGCAAAAGCUCUGGGGUCUCGUGCAUGACCUCCCUCAGGAAACUGAAGAAACAGUCCUCUGGGUUUCUCGUCAACAACAACUGCGUCUUUGGUGUCGAGUUCAUCAAAGUCACCACUUCGAAAUCCAACACGACGUCAGAAACGCUAUUUGUUCAAAAGACGAGCAUCUUCAACGAGGCCAAAACUUACACUUGGGACAUUGAGGACUUCUUUGCACUGAAGAACCCCGACUAUUCUCCGGAGUUCGAAGUCGGCGGAUACAAAUGGUAUAUCAGUAUGUAUCCAUCUCGUGAAGGGAACCAUCUCUCCUUGUAUCUGAACCUGAAAAAGACCAAUGAUCUUCCCAAUGACACUGCAAACCUUGUAGAACUCACUUUAUCCAUCAAAAACAAGGAAGCUGACAAUCACCGGAAAGGAACAGGUCGGUGCCAGUUCUCACGGAAGGCUCGUAGCUGGGGAUGGAGUAACUUCAUUUCGCUGGAGGAUUUCAAGGACUCGUCAAAUGGUUAUCUCGUCAAAUCUAAGUGCUGCGUUGAAGCCGAGGUUGCCAUCGUCGGUUCCUCCAGGAUGGAAUCUGGCUGA